UCUCUUUUAGAAAACCCACUUUACGAAGGAAACAAAUCGACUCGUUUUUUCUUAAAUCCGCCAUAGAUCCAAACACACAACACCUUCAUAUCCGGGUUCGAAUCGUCCACCUCGAGCUUUUUUUACGCGUUUUGCAGCUUCUUCUUCUUCUUCUUUUAUCUCCUCUUGUCAUGCUGUUUCAAGCUGUUUAGGGCUCAAAAGUUUGAUUCGGGGAGAAAAUUGAAAUCCUUCUUUAGGAUUUUGUUUUUGUGAAAUAUGGCUAGGGUUUAUAGUAAUUGGGAUAGGCUUGUUCGUUCUACUUUAAGAAGAGAGCAGCAGAGGAAUACAGGUCAACAAGCUCAUGAGCGUGUUAAUAGCGGACUUGCUGGAGCAGUUCCUCCUUCACUUGGUCGAGCUACGAACAUCGAUGCUAUCUUACAAGCUGCUGAUGAGAUUCAGUCUGAGGAUCCUAAUGUCGCUAGAAUUCUAUGUGAGCAAGCGUAUUCUAUGGCACAGAACUUGGACCCUAACAGUGAUGGUAGAGGUGUUCUUCAAUUCAAAACUGGUUUGAUGUCCGUGAUUAAGCAAAAACUUGCCAAGAGAGAUGGUGCUUCAAUAGACCGCGAUCGUGAUAUUGAACGACUAUGGGAGUUUUACAAACUUUAUAAAAGACGGCAUAGAGUGGAUGAUAUCCAAAGGGAAGAGCAAAAAUGGAGGGAAUCAGGAACAAAUUUCUCGUCAAAUGUUGGGGAGAUUUUGAAGAUGAGGAAGGUCUUUGCCACAUUAAGGGCCUUAAUUGAAGUGUUAGAGGUCCUAAGCAGAGAUGCAGAUCCAGAUGGUGUUGGGAGAUCUAUAAGGGAUGAGCUUGGGCGAAUUAAAAAAGCUGACGCAACUUUGUCUGCGGAACUUACACCUUACAACAUUGUCCCUCUAGAAGCGCAGUCCAUGACGAAUGCAAUUGGGGUUUUCCCUGAAGUGCGUGGUGCAGUACAGGCGAUCAGAUAUACUGAACAUUUCCCUAGGCUUCCCCAUGAUUUUGAGAUUUCAGGACAACGCGGAGCAGAUAUGUUUGAUUUAUUGGAGUACAUUUUUGGGUUUCAGAGAGACAAUGUAAGGAACCAACGGGAGCAUCUGGUUCUCACACUUUCAAAUGCACAAUCUCAGCUUAGUGUACCUGGCCAGAAUGACCCAAAAAUUGAUGAGAAUGCAGUCAAUGAGGUUUUCUUGAAGGUUUUGGACAACUACAUCAAGUGGUGCAAAUACUUGAGGAUACGCCUUGUGUACAACAGGUUAGAAGCCAUAGACCGGGACAGGAAGCUGUUUCUUGUUUCUUUGUACUUCCUAAUCUGGGGUGAAGCUGCUAAUGUCCGGUUUCUUCCAGAGUGUAUAUGCUAUAUAUUUCACCAAAUGGCCAAGGAAUUAGAUGCUAAAUUGGAUCAUGGAGAAGCUGUCCGUUCUGAAAGUUGCUUAACUGAGAGUGGUUCUGUAUCAUUUCUUGAGAAAAUUAUCUGCCCUAUAUAUGAUACAAUGUCAGCGGAAACUGUUCGAAACAAUGGUGGGAAAGCUGCACAUUCUGAAUGGCGGAAUUAUGAUGACUUCAAUGAAUAUUUUUGGACACCUGCUUGCUUUGAGUUAAGCUGGCCUAUGAAAACAGAGUCACGCUUUUUAAGCAAACCUAAAGGGCGGAAAAGGACGGCUAAAAGCAGCUUUGUUGAGCAUCGGACAUACCUUCACCUUUUCCGAAGUUUUAUCCGACUUUGGAUCUUCAUGUUUAUUAUGUUCCAGUCUUUGACGAUUAUUGCCUUCAGGAAAGAGCGUCUUGAUAUAGAUACUCUCAAGAUCUUACUCAGUGCUGGGCCUACAUAUGCUAUUAUGAACUUCGUUGAAUGUCUUCUUGAUGUUAUGCUUAUGUAUGGCGCCUACAGCAUGGCAAGAGGAAUGGCUAUAUCCAGGCUGGUUAUCCGGUUUAUUUGGUGGGCCGCGGGAUCAGUAUUUGUGGUAUAUGUCUAUGUGAAGGUUCUGCAAGAAAGAAAUAAACCAAACCAAAAUGAGUUUUUCUUCCACUUAUACAUUCUAGUAUUGGGUUGUUAUGCCGCUGUUCGCGUCCUCUUCGGACUUUUAGUCAAACUUCCAGCGUGCCAUUCUCUGUCAGAAAUGUCAGAUCAAUCUUUCUUCCAGUUUUUUAAGUGGAUUUAUCAGGAACGAUACUUCGUUGGACGUGGGCUCUAUGAGAAUUUAAGCGAUUAUUGCAGGUAUGUGGCGUUUUGGUUGAUUGUCUUGGCCUCCAAGUUCACAUUUGCAUACUUUCUCCAGAUCAAACCACUCGUUAAGCCCACCAACACUAUCAUUGAUCUUCCUAAAUUCCAAUAUUCGUGGCAUGAUAUUGUCUCAAAUAGUAACGAUCAUGCGUUGACCAUUGUCAGCUUGUGGGCUCCUGUUGUGGCGAUAUAUCUUAUGGAUAUUCAUAUAUGGUACACACUCUUGUCUGCGAUCAUUGGUGGUGUGAUGGGUGCAAAAGCUCGUCUAGGGGAGAUACGCUCCAUUGAGAUGGUUCAUAAGCGUUUUGAGAGUUUUCCAGAAGCUUUUGCCAAGAACCUUGUCUCUCCUGUUGUGAAAAGAGUACCAUUAGACCAACAUGCUUCUCAGGAUGGUCAGUAUAUGAACAAGGCAUAUGCUGCAAUGUUUUCGCCGUUUUGGAAUGAGAUAAUAAAAAGCUUGAGAGAGGAAGAUUACAUCAGUAACAGGGAGAUGGAUUUACUUUCUAUUCCCAGUAACACGGGGAGUCUUAGACUAGUCCAGUGGCCCUUGUUUCUUCUCUGUAGUAAGGUGGUGGAAAGAAUUUUUUUGGAGAUCAGCAACAGUAUGCAAGAGGGUUCCCUUGCUAUAACUCUUAAUCUUAAGAAGCUUCAGUUGGUAGUUUCCAGAUUCACUGCAUUAACGGGGCUUUUGAUUCGACAAGAAACUCCAGAUCUUGCAAAAGGUGCUGCAAAAGCUAUGUUUGAUUUUUACGAGGUGGUGACGCAUGAACUUCUUUCUCAUGAUUUGAGGGAGCAGCUUGAUACAUGGAAUAUUUUAGCACGGGCACGUAAUGAAGGGCGCCUCUUUUCUAGGAUAGAGUGGCCUAGGGACCCAGAAAUUAUUGAGCAGGUCAAGCGGCUACACCUUCUUCUCACUGUGAAGGAUACUGCUGCCAACGUCCCAAAAAAUCUUGAGGCAAGAAGAAGAUUGGAGUUUUUUACAAAUUCCUUAUUUAUGGAUAUGCCCCAAGCAAGGCCCGUUGCUGAAAUGGUACCAUUCAGUGUCUUCACCCCGUACUACAGUGAGACUGUGCUCUAUAGCUCCUCAGAACUGCGAAGUGAGAAUGAGGAUGGGAUAUCUAUUCUUUUUUAUCUUCAGAAAAUAUUUCCUGAUGAAUGGGAGAACUUCUUGGAGAGGAUUGGUAGAUCCGAUUCAACAAGAGAUGCAGAUCUUCAAGAAAGUUCAACUGAUGCUUUGGAGCUUCGAUUUUGGGUAUCUUAUCGAGGGCAGACUUUAGCAAGGACUGUGCGAGGUAUGAUGUAUUACCGAAGGGCUUUGAUGCUUCAGAGUUUCUUAGAGAGACGGGGCUUGGGAGUGGAUGAUGUCUCUCUGACCAAUAUGCCACGUGGGUUUGAAGCAUCACCUGAAGCACGAGCUCAAGCAGACCUGAAAUUUACGUAUGUUGUGUCAUGCCAAAUUUAUGGGCAACAGAAACAGCAAAAGAAACCAGAGGCUACUGAUAUAUCACUUUUAUUGCAAAGAUAUGAGGCACUCCGAGUUGCUUUCAUACACUCCGAGGAUGUUGGAGUUGAUGGAAAAAAAGAAUUUUAUUCUAAGCUAGUAAAAGCUGACAUUCAUGGAAAAGAUCAGGAAAUUUAUUCAAUUAAACUUCCUGGAGAUCCUAAACUUGGGGAAGGAAAGCCUGAGAAUCAAAAUCAUGCAAUCGUUUUUACGCGAGGAGAAGCUAUUCAGACCAUAGAUAUGAAUCAGGACAAUUACCUAGAGGAGGCAAUUAAGAUGAGAAACCUACUCGAGGAGUUUCAUGGAAAACAUGGAAUUCGACGUCCUACGAUUUUGGGGGUUAGAGAGCAUGUUUUCACGGGAAGUGUUUCAUCACUAGCGUGGUUUAUGUCCAAUCAAGAAACCAGUUUUGUGACUUUGGGUCAGCGGGUACUAGCAUAUCCACUUAAAGUUCGAAUGCACUAUGGGCAUCCAGAUGUGUUCGAUAGAAUAUUUCACGUAACUCGCGGUGGAAUCAGCAAAGCAUCCCGUGUUAUUAACAUCAGCGAGGAUAUAUAUGCUGGAUUUAACUCGACACUCAGGCAGGGGAAUAUCACCCACCAUGAGUAUAUUCAGGUCAGUGAAUUGCUUGCAUUAAUUAUGACCGUCCUUACUGUGUACGUCUUUUUGUAUGGAAGAGUUUAUCUGGCCUUUUCUGGUGCUGAUCGUGCAAUCUCAAGAGUAGCCAAACUGUCAGGUAACACUGCGUUGGAUGCUGCCCUAAAUGCACAGUUUUUGGUCCAGAUUGGAAUCUUUACUGCCGUCCCUAUGGUUAUGGGUUUCAUACUUGAACUUGGGUUGCUAAAGGCUAUAUUUAGCUUUAUAACUAUGCAAUUCCAGUUGUGUUCUGUCUUUUUCACAUUUUCCCUCGGGACAAGGACUCAUUACUUUGGGCGUACUAUCCUUCACGGUGGUGCAAAGUAUCGAGCAACUGGCAGAGGCUUUGUGGUUCAGCACAUCAAGUUCGCCGAUAAUUACAGACUAUAUUCUAGAAGUCAUUUUGUUAAAGCUUUUGAAGUAGCUCUACUGUUAAUAUGUUACAUUGCUUAUGGGUACACGGACGGGGGUGCCUCUUCGUUCGUUUUGCUAACUAUCAGCAGUUGGUUCCUUGUAAUCUCCUGGCUGUUUGCACCCUAUAUCUUUAAUCCUUCUGGAUUUGAAUGGCAAAAGACUGUCGAAGAUUUUGAAGACUGGGUCAGUUGGCUGAUGUACAAAGGUGGAGUGGGAGUAAAGGGAGAGCUCAGUUGGGAGUCGUGGUGGGAGGAAGAACAGGCGCAUAUCCAAACACUAAGAGGAAGGAUAUUGGAGACGAUUUUGAGCUUGAGAUUUUUCAUGUUUCAAUAUGGCAUUGUGUACAAGCUCAAUCUCACUCAGAAAAAUACUUCACUUGCGCUCUAUGGCUACUCGUGGAUUGUAUUGGUUGUUAUUGUGUUCUUGUUUAAGCUUUUCUGGUAUAGCCCCAGGAAAUCGAGCAACAUUCUGCUGGCACUGCGUUUUCUGCAGGGAGUGGCUUCGCUCACAUUCAUUGCCCUCAUCGUAAUAGCCAUUGCAUUAACAGAUCUAUCAAUUCCGGACAUGUUUGCAUGUGUUCUUGGUUUUAUCCCAACUGGUUGGGCUCUACUGUCUCUAGCCAUCACAUGGAAACGGGUGCUUCGGAUCCUAGGCUUGUGGGAAACAGUGCGUGAGUUUGGGCGUAUUUAUGAUGCUGCAAUGGGUAUGCUCAUAUUUUCUCCAGUCGCUCUUCUUUCCUGGUUCCCUUUCAUCUCCACGUUCCAGUCUCGUCUCCUCUUCAACCAAGCCUUCAGUCGCGGCCUUGAAAUCUCCAUUAUCCUCGCCGGAAACAGAGCUAAUGUUGAAACCUGAUGAAAGAGAGGGAGAAGUUAGUGUGGAAGUAGAAGAAGGAUUUAGAUAUAUUUGUUUGUAGAGUUUGUAGAACGUCAUUGAAAGCUCAUUUGACUCGGAGGAUUCUAUUUGUUUGUAAUCUUUUUUUUUUUUGCUCUCUCUAUGCUUAAUCUUGGGGUUGUGGUAUUGUAUUUACUGUUUAUUGUCAUAGGUUGACUAUAAUCUGAUAACUUGAUUUUGGUAAAUUGAAGAUUUGUUUAUUA